GCUCGUGAACACUCAGUGAGGAGCUCACAGGAUUAUCAGAGAGGAUCUGACUUUAGACCAGGAAGAUCUCACUGGAUCUCGAUAUGAAGAACCGUCACUGAUCUGCUGAACACCUCGCACUCCAAAAAAAAAAAAAAAAAGAAAACACCAUGCGCUUUGCUCUCGACUGCUAAAAUAAGGAAAGCGAGACUGGAGAGUUUACUUUUAGUUUCUGUCUCGUCACGGUCCGCCUGCUGCUUCUGCUGCACUUCUUCUGGACACUGCAACAGGUCAGCACAGAGUCGCUUCGGAUAUGUUGGACGGAAUCCAGAUUGAAGAUCAGUUCAGAGCAGGAGCAGAGACUCUGGGAGUGAUGCUGGGUUCAGACUGCGUCCAUCAGAGUGUGUGUGAGGGAUGUCACAGACCCAUCUCUGAUCGCUUCCUCCUGCGCGUGAACGACAGCUCGUGGCACGAGGAGUGUCUGCAGUGCUCGGUGUGUCAGCAGCUUCUCACCAUGAGCUGCUACUCCAGAGACCACAAACUCUACUGCAAACACGACUACCAACAGUAAGAGCUGCUUCAUUC